AUGGAGUCACUCGCCCAGAACUUGGACCACCUAACCAUCACCUCCCACCCCUCCUCAUCAUCAUCAUCCUCCUCUUCCUCUUCCUCUUCCUCGGUCCCAGCAUGGAUCCUGGCAUGCUUCGCCGAGAGAGCAGCGGACGCCAAAGCCGCCGCGAUCAACAACCAUGCGUCUCAAGAAGAAAAAGAAGAAGAACAUGACCAAAUGGAUCUCGACAUCGACGGCGCAGCCCUCCCCAGAAAAACAGUCCUCCAAUCCUCCUCCUCCACCCCUUCCGACCACUUCACCCAAGCAGUCUGGGGCCGGGUCUUCAACCACCGCCGCGAUUACUCCCUCACCCCCCAUGUGCACGCCGUCGUCCAUCCGCGCACCACGGCCGAAGUCAUCGCCGUAGUUGAGUACGCCAAGGCCACAGGCAAGCGCGUGAGUGUGCGUAGCGGGGGUCAUAGUUGGGCGGCGUGGAGCGUGAGGGGGGAUGCUAUCUUGGUGGAUUUAUGUGAGUUGGAAUUGCCGGACACUCUCAAGAUAGAAUGGUUCGGGCAUCAUGGAAAGUACGGGUGCACGGAGCGAGUGAUGGAUGAUUCGGCUGAAAGAGGACCGGCGGAGGCGUGUGUUUGGUAUGAUGAAGAGUCACAGGUGGUGGCGUGUCCGCCGUCGAUGACGGGGCAGGAACUGAAUGACUUUUUGGUGUGGAUGGGAGGAGGAAGUGGGAAGGGGAGGAUGUUUGCGGGCGGGCAUUGUCCUGAUGUUGGGUUGGGAGGGUUUUUGUUGCAAGGGGGGAUGGGGUGGAAUUGCAAGAACUGGGGAUGGGCAUGUGAAUCCGUCAUCAGCAUGGAAGUCGUGACAGCCGAUGGCCAACACCUUCUCAUCAACAAAGACUCCCACCCCGAUCUCUUUUGGGCAGCGCGAGGAGCAGGCCCCGGAUUCCCCGCCAUCGUCACUCGUCUCUACCUCCGUACACGGCCACUUCUGGAGAUGUACCAAAGCCUGUACUUCUACCCUGUCUCGCUCUUCAAGAAAGUCCUGCAAUGGGCAAUCAACAUCGCACCAACCUGCGACCCAGGCAUGGAAGUAGUCUGCGUCUCCUCCCACCUCCGCACUUCCACCAAGAACCCAUAUGACCCGAACCCGGCAAAGGACGCAGACUACGACCCCGAACCCACCAUCCUCGCCUCCUUCACCCUCUUCACCACCUCCCGCUCCGCCGCCCUCGCCGCCCUGCAACCCAUCCACGACCUGCACCCGCCCGGCACCAAACACCUGGUCUUCUGCCAAUCUACCUCGCUCACGCAAGAGUACAAACAGCAACUGUUAGCCAGCCCGUGGGGACAUAGGUAUUGCUGUGAUAACGCUUAUAUUUCUAAUGAUUCGUCGUCUUCUUCUGGGACCCCGGCCUCCUCAUCCGGCUUUGCAGCACACGAGACCGCGGAAUCUAUAUCAGUCCCCGACGUUCUCGAAAAAGCUUUUACGACUUUACCAACGGUCAAAUCUUCCGCUCUCUGGUUCUCCAUGAACCCCCGAUCCCGUCGCCCGCUCCUAGAUCCCCAAGGAGAACCAAUGGCCCUGUCGAUGCAGAGUGAUCAUUACUUUGCUGUUUAUACAGUCUGGUCUGAUGAAAAAGACGACGAGCGGUGUACGGGGUGGGUUAGGGAUAUCUUCAAAGGGGUGGAGAAGUAUGCCGUGGGGAGUUAUUUGGGGGAUGCGGACUUUAGGGUGAGGAGGGCGAGGUUUUGGAGUGAUGAGUGUGCGAGGAGACUGAGGGAGGUUAGGAGGAAGUGGGAUCCGGAGGGAAGAAUGGGGGGAUUUUGUGACGAUAGGGAGGGGGAUGAGGAGGUUUUGAGGAAUGGAGGUGGGUGGGUUUGA